GAAACAACUGUCAACGUUAACGCAGAAGAAGGACUCCUGCCGGCCUGUGUUGGGAGAAUGACAGUGUUUCAAUACACUGAUAAUUGAGAUGUUGACAGAAUUAUGAAGUAAUGGAUAUGUUCAACAAAAUCCGAAGUGCAGUCACCAGUGCACUACCUGGAAACCCCCUGUCAAAGGACUUUGAUGUAUUAAACCAGAUAGCUAGUGGAGGGCCAGGUUUGUCCUGGAAAAUAUACAAUGGCAUCAAACGAACUUCUAAACAGGAAGCUGCUGUGUUUGUCUUUGAAAAGAAAACACUUGAAAAAUAUUCCCGAAGAGACAAGGAGAUAAUUAUAGAUUGUUUGAAGAAAGGUGUGUCCCAAUUGACUCGACUACGUCACCCAAAAGUGCUAUCAAUACUUCACCCCCUUGAGGAAUCAAGAGAAACCUUGGCCUUUGCAACAGAACCAGUAUUUGCUUCAUUAGGCAACGUCCUUGGUUCCCAUGACAACUUACCAAGUCCGAUACCAAAACAGUUAGCAGAUUUUAGUUUAUACGAGGUCGAGAUCAAACAUGGUCUCCUGCAGGUGGCUGAAGGAAUCACUUUCCUUCAUCAUGAUGUUAAACUCCUUCACAGCAAUCUUUGUCCGGAGAAUAUCAUUAUUAACAGGGACGGAGCCUGGAAACUGUUUGGCUUUGAGUGCUGUAUACCUAACUCAAACACACAAGACCAAAGUCCAUUGUUUGCGUUCAGAGAGUGGGACUCUGAAAUUCCACCAAUCGCUCAGCCAAACCUAGACUACUUAGCACCAGAGUAUGCCCUUACCAUGAACUGUAGCUUGGCCAGUGAUAUGUUUUCAAUUGGCAUUUUAAUGCACACAAUCUUCAACAAAGGAAAGUCGCUGUAUGAAUGUAAAGAUCAGCUGUCUCUGUUCAAGAAGUUUGCUUCAGAGCUGCAGAAAUUUAGGUCAUCGUUACUUGGAAAUGUGCCAAAUGAACUACACGAAUAUGUCAAGUUAUUGUUGAACUCUGAACCAACUGUGAGACCUGAUCCAGAUCAACUAAUGAAGAUUCCGUACUUUGAAGAUGUGGGCUGUAUGACUCUACAGUACAUGGAUUCAUUGUUCCAGAGGGACAAUCUACAAAAGUCACAAUUUUUUAAGGGCCUUCCAAAGAUUAUUACAAAACUUCCAAAGAGAGUGAGUUUACAGCGAAUCCUGCCUCCACUCCAUAAGGAAUGUGUUAACCCUGAGAUGGUACCGUUUAUCCUACCUAAUAUUCUACAGAUUGCAGAACAGAGCACGGAUGAUGAAUAUCUCACACACACACAUCUGAUACAAUGUCUGUCUAUAUCAAUAAGUAACUUUUUCAAUUCUUGAUUUCAGAUUCCCUUAAUUUUCAUGCAAAACAUGACUUUGUUGUUAAAGAAGACUCCGCAGGGUGAAAUAAAAAACCAUGUGAUUCCUAUGAUUCACCUGUGUUUGGAAACCGAGAGUCCUCAACUACAGGAAUUGUGCCUAUCCAUUGUGCCAACUUUUGCAGAGCUGAUUGAAUUUAGCUCUUUGAAAAAUUCUAUCAUCCCAAGAAUUAAGAAAUUGUGUCUUUCUACUGGAGUAUUAGCUAUACGGACAAACUGCCUGCUGUGUAUUGGUAAGCUGUUGGAAUACCUGGACAAGUGGACUGUACUGGAUGAUAUUCUUCCAUUUCUCCCUCAGAUACCCUCCAGGGAGCCUGCUGUACUGAUGAGUAUACUAGGUAUAUAUCAGGUGACGUUGUCUCACACUAAACUGGGCAUCACAAAAGACAUUAUGGCUACAAAAGUUUUGCCUUUUAUCAUUCCUCUGGCUAUGGACAAUAACCUGAAUCUCUCACAGUUCAAUGCAUACAUGUCUGUGGUGAGAGACAUGCUUGGACGUAUGGAGAAAGACCAACGUAUGAAACUGGAACAGCUAGAUCAGAUGAAACAAGAACAACAGACCAUCCAGAUUACAAAGAUCACUUCGACACACAACGACGAACUAGUCAGUGGUGUACAGGAUGAACCAAAGUCAAUGAUGGACAAAUUCCUCAGUGGGUUUGGUAUGGGUAGUAUGAUUGGUGGUGACAAGUCUGCUCCAAAGUCAAAUAGUCCUGUCCCUUCCUCAGUACAACCUGUCAGUACAGGGGAGGUAGUGAAGAUUGGGGAAGAAAAUCACAAGGUGGCCAUACCUAUUAGUCAACCCUCUAAGACAUUGUCAAUAGAAGAGAAACAGAAACUGGCAAAACAACAGGAACAACAAAGAAUUUACAAAGCUCAGAAACCUUUAGGUACAAUGAGUUCUACAUCCAAAUCACCUCAAACCUCCAGAAAUACUGGUGUCAAAGACCUGUCUGCAUCCCUGAUGAGUUCCAAUCUGGUUGGAACUCAUCCUCCUACAAACAAGAUGUCUUUGAAUUCCAUCAACAUGACCGCAAACACUUCAUCAAGUGGUACAGGAACCUCAGGGUCAUCAACAUCAGUAUUUGGAACAAGUUCUGUAACAGGCAAUAGAACUAUGGGACAACCUUUCAUGGGUCAAAGUUCAAUGGGUAUGUCAAGUGGUAUUGGUCAAAGUUCCAUGGGCAUGUCUGGUAGCAUGAGUCAAGGUUCAAUGGGAAUGUCAGGUGGAUUGAGUCAAAACUCAAUUGGUAUGUCAGGUGGUAUGGGUCAGAGUUCAAUGGGUAUGUCAGGUGGCAUGGGUCAGAGUUCAAUGGGUAUGUCAGGUGGCAUGGGUCAGAGUUCAAUGGGUAUGUCAGGUGGUAUGGGUCAGAGUUCAAUGGGUAUGUCAGGUGGCAUGGGUCAGAGUUCAAUGUGUAUGUCAGGUGGCAUGGGUCAGAGUUCAAUGGGUAUGUCAGGUGGUAUAGGUCAAAGUUCAAUGGGUAUGUCUGGUAACCAAGGAAGGAAUCCAAAUUCCAUGAUGAUGGGACAGAAUAUCAUUCCAGGCCAGAACAUGAAUAUGUCCUCAUUGGACAGUUUAUUGCCCAUGUCAUCCAAUCAACAGCCUAAAUUGUCUUUGAAUCAAAUGUCCCAGUCAAGUAGCAGACCUCAGCAGCAAAAGCCUUCAAAUCAAUUUGGAAUGAUGGGAAGCAGUAUGGGUACUCCAAUGGCUGGUAUGGGUCAGGUACCUGCAGUGGGAGGUCAAAGUUACAUGCAAAAUUCCACAGGCAUGUUGCAGCCAAUGGGAUCACAGCAACAGCAGUCAAUGGGAAGACAAGGAAUUCAACCAAUGGCAUCACAGGGAAUGUCUAACAACUCCUCCUCAAAUGAUUUAUCUGAUAUUUUUGGUUGAAAACUCAGGAUUGUGUCCAAAGUUCCACUACUAGUAUAUAUAAAUCUGGCUCUCUUACAGUAUCAGUAGUAACAAAAUUAAAAGGAUAAACUUUAUACUGUAAUAGAUAAUCUUAUACUGUAACAGAUAAUGUUAUAAUGUAACAGAUAAUGUUAUACUGUAACAGAUAAUGUUAUACUGUAACAGAUAAUCUUAUACUGUAACAGAUAAUGUUAUAAUGUAACAGAUAAUCUUAUACUGUAACAGAUAAUGUUAUACUGUAACAGAUAAUGUUAUACUGUAACAGAUAAUCUUAUACUGUAACAGAUAAUGUUAUAAUGUAACAGAUAAUCUUAUACUGUAACAGAUAAUGUUAUACUGUAACAGAUAAUCUUAAGUAACUAAUACAGAUAAUCUUAUACAA